AUGGCUAUCGAUCCCGGACAAAAGUAUUCUGUCGUAGACACCAUUCGCCAAUCACCUCCUCUAGACCUCUCUACGCCUGUGGAUGACGCUUGGGUGAAAGACAAGACUAUACUCAUCACAGGAGGGGCAAGUGGUUUUGGUGAAGGCUUUUUCAGGAGAUGGGCGGCAGGAGGCGCAACCGUAGUCAUUGGGGACAUAACCGUGGAAAGGGGUGACAAAUUGGUUAGAGACGUUGCUCGGGAGACUGGGAACAAGAACCUACAUUUUCUCCAUUGCGAUGUCACAGAUUGGCAGAGUCAGGUUGACUUCUUCAAAGCGGCUGUCAAAAUUAGUCCUCAUAAAGGCAUUGAUUGUGUCGUUGCAAACGCCGGCAAAAUCGAUACGAAAGGCACCUUCGAAAACCCACGGGAUCUCGAUUCAUUGACUCCACCAACUCCGGCAUUCGGUGUCUUAGACGUCAAUUUGAAAGGCGCCAUGUAUACCACUCAUCUUGCCCUUUUCUGGCUGCCUCGAAAUCCAAGCUCAAUAGCUGCAAGUCCCACGUCUGAUCCCGUCAACACAAAGAGAGACCGUCACUUGCUCUUCAUAUCUUCUCUCGCAGGCAUAGGCCCCAUACCUGGCCAGACAGAGUACACCGCAUCUAAGCAUGCGCUCGUGGGUCUCUACAGGAGUCUCAGAGCUACAACAUUCAGGCACGGUGUCCGCAUCAACAUGCUCUGUCCAUCUCAUAUUGCUACUCCUCUACAAACGGCUCCGUUACGUAUGUUGCUCGCUGGUGGAUCCAUGGGCGAAUGCGAUGAUGUAGUCGAGGCUGCCACACGAUUUGUGGCAAGCCCUCAGAUUGUAGGCAGAGCAUUAUUAGUGGGCCCGAAGAUGAGCGUUGAGAGCGACAGCGAUGGUCACUGGAGCUGGAGUGAUAAACAGACCGGUGAGGAGAGAGCAAUGAUGGAGAUCUUUGCGCAUGAUUGGGAAGAAACAGAGACCUCACAGAGGCGGGUCAUCCGAGCGCUCAACAAGGUGGUUGAAAUCAAAGGCUGGACUGGCUGGUUUGUGGAUGUUCUCAAGGCCAUUCGUUUGAAAAGGAAAGAAAAUGUGACGAAGUUCGUUCCUUGCCUUUCCGAAUAUAAAGUUUGA